UACUUGGUUCGCAAAGCGUCGCUAUUUAUCAGUCUCCUAGUUCUCGAAACAUCCACCACUGCGGAGGAGCACGUCAGUCCAUCCACCACCAUCUUGCGCGGAACGAACCGGCGAAAUUUUGUUCGAGUGGUAGAAUCAAUGGCGGGAGCGAGAGGAAUUUUGCUGAAGCACCUCCGAGUGAAGGUGCAAGCCUUCCCGCAAAACCCUAAACCCAACAACGGCCUCUUCGGCCUCUCUUUCAAUGCGAUUCUGCGCCAAUUCUCCGAGGCGGUUCGGGGCUCCUUCCUCGACAAAUCGGAGGUCACAGAUCGUGUCGUCAAUUGUGUCAAGAACCUUCAGAAGGUCGAGCCUUCGAAGGUAACACCGAACGCCCAUUUCCAGAAUGAUCUUGGCCUUGAUAGCUUAGACACGGUGGAGAUUGUGAUGGCUCUUGAAGAAGAGUUCGGGUUCGAGAUACCAGACAAUGAAGCAGAUAAGAUCAACUCCAUUAGUCUUGCUGUUGACUUUAUAGCUUCACACCCUCAAGCCAAGUAGAGAAAACAAGCGAAUCCGUAUUCAUCUGUUUCAUGGGUUUCGAUUGUUUCACCAUGAACAGUUCAGCUACGCCGGUAUAAUGCUCCUGGUUUCCGAGCCUAUUUGUCUUUGGAGGUAGAGGAUUUGAUUUGGUCUAUCUUUCUCCUUGUUUCGAAGAUUUAGUCGUGUUGUUGGUCAGCUGUUUCUGAACUCGGGUUGAAACUCGAGUGUUGCGCCUCCGUUGGAGGAUAUGUGAUGGUGCAACUGUAAUGAGCCGAAUUUACUAGUUCAUUUGCCAUUUGGAAUCCUCCCAUGUCAAUAAAAUUUGCGUAAAAAAUGUUGAUGAGUUCUCCUUGUUCCAGGCAUUAUGGGUAUAUUGCAUGUGUUUAUCACUAGCGCUUUUUCUCGUC